UCGCAACGAUCGGACGGUGUUUGACGGGAACUGCUAGAUGAGCAAAUACAAGUAAUGAACUCUGUUAAUAAUUACGAAAAAACCAUUUGAAUAUAAUAUUGUUCGUUGUAACGUGUUUUUUUCACUGAUAUUUUGUAUAACCUGUGUUGUAAUAUUAUAUACGGAUCUGGUGGUAUAGUUGUCCAUAUGUUACAUUGUGCAAUUUGCAACAUAAACAGACGAUGUAAUUUGAUAUAAACAUUCGGAUUCGCAUUGGAUUUUGUACGGGUUGCACUUCUUAGGCUAAAGUGGAGUGAGUAUAUGAGUGUUGGACGGUCGCACAUAUACGAAACUAUAUAACGACAUUUAAAUUGUUUGGGUUAUUUAAACCGAAUUGAGAUAACAGACUAUUGUGUAUUCACCUGCCAGUUGUCGCCGGAAGUUAAAUCAACUGAAGCAGAAUAAUUAAAAAAACAACUACAACAACCAAAGAGCAAGGUUCCGCGUUUAGUAUUUUAUGUACAGAAAAAAAACGAAAACUAAAAUAAACUUGUGCAGUGGUUGUAUUGUGUUUAAUCGAUUCCAAAGGUUAUUAUAAUUCGUUUACGUAAAACUAGCUAAAAGAAGAGAAGAAAAAAAAGUUGACAUGAAAAUCGUAUAAUGAUUGUGUUGUUUAGAGUGAAAUUGUUUCUAUGACAACGGAAUCAAUUUGUUAUUGAAUUUUUUAUAUUUCGCUUUUUACAUAAGGGCUAGAAGUUCGGUAUUGUAUGCGCCAUAAAUAUAAGUUGGAAAAGUAUUUUUAGUGUGUUCCCCAUCGAAAAUGAAAUUGCUAGCUAUUUGGAUCAUUACCAUCGUUUACGUACAACACGCAAUCGGUGUGUACAUGGAAAAUUCGGCCUACAAGGAUAUUGUAGUGGAAAUAAGCGACUCGGUACCUGUACAGGAUUGUUCGUCGAUACUGAAGCAAUUAGAGAAUGCAUUGCCAUCAGCGUCCGAUUUUUUGUUCAACGCUCUGGACGGACGUGCUUACAUUGACAGUGUGAUAGUCAUGAUACCUUCGUCGUGGCCAAAGAAUUGUUUACCACAAAAUGGUACGUUAUUAACGUCUCGUGGUGAAUCGAGUGAUAUUACGAUUAGUGAAAGGCAUCCGAUUUAUGGUGAUGCGAUAUGGACACAACAAUCGGCUGGCUGUGGUGAAAAUGGCGAUCAAAUAUUCGCCAGUUACUCUGCUUUCAAUCGCAACACUGUCGGCAGAGAAUUGGUACGAGAAUGGGCCAAAUAUCGUUACGGAAUCUUUGACGAAAUCGGCUACCCUAAUGAUCCCAUUUACCCGAUGUGCUACAAGACUGACACGAUGCAGGUGAAUGGAUGUUCGGAUUGGAAAAUCAAUGAUAACGGACUCUGUGAGACUGAACAGGAUGCAGUAAAAAAUGUAACAGCAGACGAAACGGCCCGAUCCAGCAUAAUGUUCAACAUAGAAUCACCGAACAUUGCCAUGUUCUGCGACGAGGGUACACAUAACCGAUACGCACCAACGAAACACAAUCAAUUAUGCGAUCGACAAUCAACGCUUGGCGUAAUUCUCAAGCACAAAGAUUUUCAAUUGAAUAUUCCAUCGACUGUUGGACCGACAACGAUUGUCAACACAACACCGAAAAUCGUUUACAAGCAGCGUCUGUUAACGCGAUACAUUUUGGUUAUUGACGAGACAAUCGAUACCAUGGUACGAGAAUCGUGGAGUUUUCUUCGAAUGGCCAUACGUAAAUGGGUGGUUUAUGAUCUGCCGGAAAAUACUGAAGUGGGAAUUGUGCUGGCCAAUGACACCGCAUCGGCGAAAAUCUUUAACAUUUCGUCAUUGAACAUUGCCAGAAAUCGAGAUUUUAUCGCUUCGUUCAUUCCAUUUUCGCCGAGUGAGUCUCAGAGUCCGGGUUGCAUUGCGUGUGCCAUUAGGGAUGGUUUGGCUAUGCUGAAAAGGCGAUAUAACGAGAACGGUCCAGCAAACUCUGUAAUUUUGGUGGUUGCCCCGGGCAUCGAUCGACAAACAGACAUACAAAAAUUGGCCACACAAUUGAACAACGAGAGAACGAAAUUGGUGACGAUCAAUUAUCCUGGAGUAAUACGACGAAAACCUUUGGACACACUAUCAGCGGCAGCAACGGCAAGUUCAUCCUAUACCGUCUAUGAAAAGAAAGAAAAUUCCGAAAAGACUCUUUUGACGACAUACUUCGAGCUGUGCAACGUCUUUUACGACAUCAUGGUCAAUCACUACGAAGGCAACAAACUGGAUUUACCAGUUGAAAUUCAUCGGAGAGAAUUUUUCGAUAUCCACGAUGACGACAGUGGUAGUGCGGUCAAGAAAAGUAGCCGACAAAUUACUUCAACGUUUAUGCUGGACGAAUCAAUGGGAACACCAUCGUCGUUUUACGUUUAUACACACAAUGCUGAACAGCCAUUGAUCCAGAGUAUGAAAUUGACCAGUCCGAGUGGAACUACCACUUCGAUUCAAAGCGAUCAGAGACUACCGGUGAAGCAGAUGUCGCUAUCAACCGUUAUUGCAGAUAGCGGCACAUGGACGUACACCAUCGAUCGUAUAAAUGGUAGUCCCCAACCACAUUUCGUACAAGUCAUGGCAUCAGCUAGGUCAACAACCUCACCAGUUAUUAUGGCCAAAUCUUGGGCAACAGACAAAAUCGGUUCAAUCGGCUCGUUGAUAUUGUUCGUUGAAGUAAAGCGAGGAGCACUACCCGUUUCAUCAGCAUUCGUUGAGGCUAUCGUAUCCAGACCAGAUCUACAGUGCAAUUCGACCAAUCGAUGCCACGAAAAAUUCCGUUUGUUGGACACUGGUUCGGGUGAUCCGGAUGUGCUAAAGGGAGACGGAAUCUAUACGCGUUACUUGAAUGUGGCUGGUGGAGGAAGUGGAGUGUAUAAAAUAGAAAUCAUUGUUACUGAUAAUGGCAACACCGCAUACUCGUUGCCGCAAAAUUACUACAUGAACAACUCUAAAUGUUGUGGCAGUUCCAUUUCGAUUCCGUCCAAACAAACAUUGCCACCGUUCCAGAGAUACUUGCCGCCACUCACUGUUUUUGUAACUCCCGAUCAAAUACACGAAUCGAAGCAUCAUUCAGUUGGACGAAUCGGUGAUUUGCUAGCGGAGAAGUUGGAUCUCACUAGAGUUCAAUUGUCGUGGACGUCACCAGAUAUUGGAGGUUUAAGUGUUGCUCGCUACGAAGUAAAAUAUGCCUUUUCCGUACCAGACAUCGUGGACAACUUUGAUACAGCUGCCAUUUUAUGGACCCACGAACAGCCGCUCGCAUUUUCUAUUGGUGACGAUACAUCGUUCACGAUGAACUUAGACAAUGACCCGAAUCUGAUUGGUUCAACAAUCUACAUUGCGUUAAGAGCAUUUACUGAAUUGUCUAAAGAUGCCGUUCCCGGUCCUGUAUCGAAUUACGUAAGAGUUGAUAUACCUAAACCGGUGAAACCGUCCGUAGCUGUUCCCGAUAGUCAAGGGGAUUCAUUCGAAGAUGACCUUUACCACAAAACACAUGUUGAUGGAUCGGACAACAGUUCCAGCAAAAUUGCUUUCCUGAAUUGGCAGUCAAUUGUUCCAAUAAUUGCUGGUGUCGUGUUGGUUCUGUGUUUGAUUUUGAUUUAUUGUUACUUCUGCGUAGUGAGACGACGCCGUCAAAAGAAUCGAGAUCACUUAAAGAACACAUUAAAAUCGCAAAACAUCAAGGAACAAGUGAAUAGUGUUGAUUAUACUAUCAGUUCUAUUAUGAAAAACCCGGUGAACACGUCUCAAUCGGAACAACAACACCGCGUUGACGAUGGUGACUACACCACCAGUGACUACAAUAAUAUUCCCGACCCGCACACCAUUGGCCUACCAAUUUAUGGAUCCGACGAAGAAGAUCACAAGCGACGAUUGUCUUUCGUAGUUGUCGACAGCAACCAUCAACUGAUUGACCAACCAAACCAUCAACAAAUCCAAAGGACAAUGUACCGACAGAGUGGUGUUAGUGUAAUAACCUCGAACAAUAAUUCUCUAGGUCGUCAAGGCAUUAUGAAUGAUUCGUGGACAGCGUCGCAACUUUUACAUGAACACGAACGUCGACACAGUCCGUACGACGACAAUAUGAAGCGAAACGAUCUCAUGAACAUGCACGGCGAUCAGACUGAUCAAGUGUCCAUGAAUUAUCAACUGUUCGAUCAUUUGUCAAUGUCCAGUGCACCGCCUGUUCCACCACUACCAUACCAAACUGUGUCGCCAUAUCCCGUUCAUCUGUACAAUAACGAACCGCGGCAAAUGGAACAGCCACCCACGUACAUUGCGUCAAUUAAUCAACGGUUUCCGAAUCAGCAUCCCCAAUUCAAUGCAUCGAUUGCGGGAUCAAUGAACUCGGUCAAUAGUGGCGAAAGGAAGAAGACGAGAAAUAUAACGAUGGUGUAAAGUGAAAGAGAACAUUAGCAACUUUUGGCCAGAUUAUUAGAAUAAAAUGAGCAUGUAAGUGACCCAUAUAUUACCAGUUCGAAAUCUAAUUAUUCUAAUUAUUUUAAUUUUUAAAAGAUCGUACAAAUUUACUUAAAAUGUGCAUGAUUGUUCAUGUCCAGUCCAUGGAGUCCAUGACCUAGAAUGUUAUUCAGCGUUUAAAUUUUGUCAUUUUAAUUUGUUUGUUCUAAAUGUUUUAAAGUUUAACGAAUAUUUUGACCGAUUACUUUAUGUUGAUGUUAAAGCGAACCGAUCAAUUAGUAAGUGUGAAUAUUGCGAAUGUAAAAGUAAUUCUAUAUCAGAAGAAAUGCAGCUUGAUCUCAUGUAAAUAUGUUAAGGCAAAAGUGUACGUGUACUGUUUAUGAGUGAAUUUAGCGAAUUUUAAGAGAAAAACAAAAAUUAUGUUAAAAGAAAAUGUGUAAAUAAAAUUUGAUUUGGGUCAGUAUAUAAAGCAUUGAACAAAGUUUUAGUUUAAUUUUAAUUUUAGUUUAGGCCUAAGCAGAUCAAGCAAGUAAUAACACCAUCUAAAUAGACAUUUAUUUAUGGCAUUUAUAAAAACUGAAUAAAAAACUUUUUAUAAUUUU